AACAGUACACAUAAGACCUCGACUGGAGAUCCAGGAUCAGAGCAGAAGUGAGGAACGCCAGAGGAGCGUAGUACAGCACCACGGCCAUGGAUAGGCUUUGUACCGGAGCACUGUUGUUUAUUCUCAUCCUCAGCAACUUCGUCCAGGAGACGCAGACUGCAAGAUGCUGUCUUCAGUAUAAAAAGAUACCUGUCCGCUGCGCCCAUCUGAAGGGCUACACCAUCCAAGACACCAGAAGACACUGUGACCUGAUGGCCAUAAUCUUUCAAACCACGAAUGGCAAGUUUUUCUGCGCUGACCCCCUGAUGCCGUGGACCCAGGAGAGGGUCACCUGCCUAAUGCAAAAAGCUGCACGGAUGAAAAACGUGCAGCCUAAUUUUUAAGGGCGUAAGGCAGCACCUUUUCAUUUGUGCUGAAUGAUAAUAAACGAGCCUGCAGUCGGAUGAUGUCUUUGCUGUCCUGCCCUUCACUGUCCUGGCCUGAGAGCAUCUUAAAGAUCUGCUGUACUACUUUUGUUAUGAUUUUUUGAACAGAAAAAUCGUCCCUGGUGGGAACUGCCAGUCAUGUCUUAAUGACAGAUUACGUACUCUCAUACUCAGAGGAUGUUUCAUAAUGUUUUGUUUGUUUAUAAACAGAAGAUGUAUAUUUUGUUUUAUAUUUUUGUGUGUAUUCAUUCAUAUUUAUUAAUACCUGUUCGUUAAACUGCUAAGGGAAAUGUGGUCGUUACUCCAAAUAAAAUACUUUCUGGCAUAGAUGCCCAGUGGACUCUGACCACUACAGGUUGGUUUCCUGGACAGCGAUCAAGCCUCUAUUCACAAUGCUGUAGUCUAGGUCUAGGCUUGAAGGGGAAUUCCACUGAUUUUUGAUUUGCGUAAUUCAAUUAAUUCAAUUGAAAAGGUGUGAACAAAGUCAUUCAGAGCCCCGUUCUUGAAAAACGUACAGACAACUUACAUUAAAAUGUAAGAAAGUUA